UUCUCGUAAUUCAAGUGCGAAUCAUGUUUCCCGGGCAAAGCCCCUGAACCUGAUUUGGAUUCAUCCAUGCAGGGCUUGAAUGGGGGCCGCUCACAAAAUGCAUUGUCGGGGGUUUCGUCGGGUACGCCCCGCAACAUGCAUAACGAAGUGUCGGCCAGUGAGAGCGGAGCGUUGUGGUGGAGCUUGUUUAUGUGGAGUGCUGGGUUAGGGUUCCGCCCACCGAGGUAUCUGUGAGCGCAGGGCAGACGGAGACAGGCAGAGAGUGUAAAAUGGCGCACAGCUGUCGGUGGCGGUUCCCCGCUCGGCCCGGAGGGAGCAGCAACUCCGGUACCGGGAGGAGAGCGAGCCGAAUCAGGGUUACUGCCUCUCUGCGGAGUAUCUCUGGAGCCCAGUCCAACGCUGCUGGGCUUGGACCCGGGUUUGAUGCUGCACUACAAGUCUCUUCGGUGAUCGGGAGUAACCUGCAGAAAUUUCGGGAUGUUUUAGGGGAAUCAAGCGACUCAAGCAGCGGUGAGGAUGAGGGAUUUGAUGGAUUUGGAGCAGUUGUUGAACAGAAACGGAUACAGGAUGCAUCAGCGACCUCUUCAGAUGACCAACCCAUACAAGAAAAGAAACCCAGAGGCCGACCACCAAGGGCCCAGAGUGCACAGAAAGCUGCUUUGGGUCUACCAUCUCCCACUCCUCUACCAUCGCCAACACAGACAAAACCCGAGGGUCCAGAUAGGCCAGUUGAGAAGAUAAAGAGGUUACCUGGUAGACCACCUGGAAGUGGGGAAAAGAGGAGAGGUCGACCCCCAUCUUCAGGUAGCAGGAAACUUUGGAGUACAGGCAACCAUGCAGAAGAAGAAGACAGUGGGCUGGUUCUGUCUGAUAUGGGCAUGGACACAGAGGAGGACAGAGACAAAAAGGGAGCUAAAAGAACACAACUGGGUUCUGCUCAUUCUCAAGACAGUGAUGCAAAUCAUCUUAAAGGUGUAUCUAAAGUUACCAACCUGAAGAGGUUAAGAGCAACUAAGCUUGGUCCUCUUCAAGCACGGCUCAAGGCUGCGCCCGGUGUACCCCGGCGCAGACGUGGGCGACCUCCUUCUGCGGAGCGGCUCAAAGCUGAAGCAGCAGCUGCUGCUGCACAGCUGUCUACCUCUAUUGAAAGUGAGGAUGGGAAACACAAGAACUUGAGAGUCAGAGGGGGGGACAGAAGCCUUGAACCACACUCUUCCCAGCAGCCAAUGCUGAGGAAUGUGGAUGGAGUUGAGGACCAGGACUCUAUGAAUCCACCAGCCUCCCCACCUCCCUCCAAGACUGGAAAGGCAGUCGGCCUCAGAAAGAGUCCCCGCCACAGAAAGCCUGUCAGGAUCGUUCCGCCUUCUAAACGCACUGAUGCCACCAUUGCGAAACAGCUGCUGCAACGUGCAAAGAAAGGAGCUCAGAAGCGAAAGGAGAAAGAAGCUGUUAACAUGGGAGGUAGUGGGGCUGGAGCCCUCGAAGUUGGCAUCAGGAAGACCCAACUGAAGAACAUCAGACAGUUUAUCAUGCCUGUCGUCAGCACUGUUUCUCUUCGUAUCAUCAAAACCCCUAAGCGCUUCAUUGAAGAUGAGGGCAGCUUUGGAACUCCACCACCUCACAUGAAGAUGCCUAGAAUAGAUACAACCUCUUCAAAUGUCUCUACAACCACCCAGUCCACCUCCACCACAUCUUCAUCACCCUCCCCAGCACAGGUCUCAUCUACACCAGCUGUUACUAGCUCUAGUACAUCUGCUGCAAAUGAUCUCCUUCCACCUCCGCCACCUCCUGCCCCCGUUCCCAGUGCCCCAUCAACUGCUGCCACAUUGCUCAAUAAUAAUGGCAACACCAGCAACAAUGCCACCAAUGGACGAUUUAGUAGUAGUGCAGCUUCUUGUGGCUCAAGUGCUGUGUCACAGCAUUCUUCUCAGCUCUCUUCAGCAGAGUCUUCCAGGUCCAGCAGCCCAAGCUUGGAUGACUCAUCGUGUGAUUCCCAGGUUUCUGAAGCCACACAGGCUUUGUCAGAACCAGAGGAUCACUCUCCGUCCUCACAAGGAGAGAGGGAAGGCAACAUGUUGCACAGUUCACAGCCUCCCACACCUCCUUCUGAGCCAGAACCUGAACUUGUGUUGACGGAGAGGAGCAGAAGGGGCCGUAGAGAACCAGGGGUUGGGCGAGGAAGUCAAAACCAUAGAAUAAGAGAAGCUCUCACCACUGGCCCGAAAAAGCCUAUUAUCAACCCACCUACGGGAGUGCUGUCAUCUUCUACACUUGUUAAUUCUCAGCAAGCUUCAUCCACCGCUUCCUCUUCUUCAUCACCACCACCUCCUCCCCUUCUUACUCCCCCACAGCCUCCUCAGUCAGCUUCUUCCUCUACAGCUGCUAUCAGUGAACACCAUCCUCCAUCACCUUGGAUUCCUCAUCAGAUCCCUCAGUUUCUGUCUGGUCCGUCAGUUCUGUCUAGUUUACCAGACAAACGAAGCCGCUCAAUUCUCAGAGAGCCCACCUUUCGCUGGAAGUCCCUAAUGCAGCCUGAACAGCAGUACUUUUCCUCUGCUAAAUAUGCCAAGGAAGGUCUCAUCCGUAAGCCUAUAUUUGACAACUUCCGCCCUCCGCCUCUCACACCUGAGGAUGUAGGGCUGCUUCCCCAAAGUGUUAGUGGAACAGGGGGAGCUGCACAGGUGUCAUUCCCUGCACCAGGGAGUGGAACUGGUACAGGUACUCGCCUGUUUGCUACUCAUCACACUCAUACUCACCACCAACAUCCUUCUUCAUCACGAUUUGAUCCGCCACUCCAGAAGCGCAGUCCAAUACUCAGAGCUCCACGUUUUACACCCAGUGCAGCCCACUCACGUAUUUUUGAAUCUGUCACCCUUCAAGCAUCAUCUGUGAGCCAAUCCAGCUCUCAUUCCACACAUCAGUCAUCUUCAAUCUCUAGCAGGGCUUUGCGUCGAAAAAGAAGACUUGUACCUGGAAUGCCACGUGGCCACCCACGGUCCCCAUCUCACUCGAUGACCAGACGCAGCAGCCAUAUCGGAGGUCAGAUACGAGUCGGGAAAAGCUCCUCAGAUAUGUCAGUGCUGACAAGCUCCGUCUCUAGCAGCAAUUCCAGCUCUCUGCCAGGGGUCUCUGCAAGUCCACUUGCCACCAGUGCCUUAACUCCUGCUCCCUUUAGCAACUACUUAUCUGUAUCCAUGGGUCUUGCCACACAAGGGACACCUGAAAGCAGGAGAGGGGCUGCUGGAAACCCACCUCCUUUGUCAACCACAUCUUCUACUUCUUCUCCAGUUUUCCCUCUCUUUCCUUCCAGUACGCAGGACACAGGUCGGGGUGCUGGAAAAGGAAACAAAGAGAAAAACUUAUCAGCUCCACAGGAGGUUGUUGCUAAGGAGAAAGAAAGGGAUUCUGAGAAAAACCGAGAAAAAGAAAAGGAGAAUAAGAAAGAUGCAAGAAAGGACUUGAAGGAUUCCGAAGACACGCUUUCAAAUCUUGCUCCAAAAAAGGUUCCGGGCAGAAAAAAAUCCACCACAGUUGAAAAUGUUUCUGAAAUUGCCUCCCCAGAGGUGCGAGGGGUCCAAUCUCCAGUUGCUGUAUCUGUUGCUAAAGGGCGCUUACCCAAGAAAACGAAACCCUCUGAGAAGGGAGCGGAGGUAGAGGAUUUGGAAAAGGAGAAGGAGAAGGAAAAGCAAAGUACUCCAACCCAGCAGACGGCAAGCAUUCAAGGGCAACAGGGCAAGCAGCAGGUUCCUGUGACCUCUCUUGGAUCAGUUUUGGCACAAGCAGAAAAACAGACAGUGUCUGUGACUGACAAACAGGUGGUUGGACUAUUGAGCAAAGCCAAGGCCCAGCUCAUUGAGAUAAAGAAGAACAAGCAAAAAUCUGCAGACCAGACCAAGGUCCAGGUCAGUCAGGGUCAAGAGAGUGACUCAUCAGAGACCUCAGUACGUGGUCCUCGCAUUAAGCACGUAUGUCGUCGUGCAGCUGUGGCUCUUGGCCGUAAUCGGGCAGUGUUCCCUGAUGAUAUGCCCACACUUAGUGCCUUGCCCUGGGAGGAGAGAGAGAAAAUACUUUCUUCCAUGGGGAAUGAUGACAAGUCAUCAGUAGCAGGUUCUGAAGAGGCAGAGCCUCAGUCUCCGCCCAUAAAACCACGGGAAACACGGCAAAAGCCUGUCCAAGAAGCUCCACCGAAGAAAGGACGGCGGUCACGUCGAUGCGGCCAAUGCCCAGGCUGCCAGGUUCCAGAAGACUGUGGGGUCUGUACCAACUGUCUGGACAAACCUAAAUUUGGAGGAAGAAACAUUAAAAAACAAUGCUGCAAGAUGAGAAAGUGUCAGAACUUGCAGUGGAUGCCUUCUAAGAUGUUUCUUCAGAAACAAGGCAAGGGCAAGAAAGAUAAGAAAAAGAACAAGGUUACUGAGAAGAAAGAUGCUCUUAAUCUGGUGAAAGGACCAAAUUUGGAGUCUGGUCCUAAACCCACUCCUGCACCACCAAAGGAGGAACCCCAACGCAAGAAGAGUGAAACUCCACCUCUGAAGCUAACAGAGGAAAAAUCAAGGCAGCAGCCAUCGUCAAAGCACUCACCUUCAGUCCUUACAUCUUCCCCUGCCCCAGCUGACCCACCUCAGGCCCCCAGCACACUGGCAGACCCUGUUUCACCCGCACUCCCAACACCAGAGCCCAAACAGCUUUCUGUCAUGAGCAGUGUGAGCAGUAAAAAGGGUCACAAACCACAAUCAUGUGUACCAACAUCGUCCUCUUCCUCCUCUUCCACUUCCUCCUCCUCUUCAUCUUCUUCCUCUUCAUCUUCCUCGUCGUCUUCAGCCCAGAAUUCCCCCUGUCCAUCUGCACAGUCUCCGCCACCACCUCAACAGCAACCACCUGCUCUUUUGAGUCAGACACCGUCCAAAAAAGAUGCUUCACCCAAGGUUCACGUUACCGAGUCCAAGAAGAAACCCCAGCAGCACUCAUUACAACAAAGCCCUUCAAAAAAUACUUCAGAUAGAGUCGAAGUAAAGCAAUUAAAGAAGCCAAAUUUCCGCACCGUUCCUACAGCUAACAAGCAGAGACCAAAAGACAAGCCUCUGACCACUAAACCCCCGAGCAGCAGUUCUUUAAACUGGCUGAGCACUCCCUCGACUAGAGGCCAGGUGAAGUCCAGAGCGCCCUGCGACGGAGUGCAUCGAAUCAGAGUUGAUUUCAAAAGGGACCAUGAUGUGGAGAAGGUGUGGGAGGCUGGUGGCCUCAGCCUGCUCACUUCUGUGCCUGUCACCCCGAGGGUGCUCUGCUUCUUAUGUGCAAGCAGUGGCAAUGUUGAGUUUGUCUUUUGUCAAGUAUGCUGUGAACCAUUCCAUCUUUUUUGCCUGGGGGAGUCAGAGCGCCCUCUAAAGGAGCAGUUUGAGAACUGGUGUUGUCGAAGAUGUAGAUUCUGUCAGGUCUGCGGGCAUCAUCACCAGAAAACAAAACAGGAGAUGCUGGAGUGCGAUAAGUGCCGUAACAGUUACCACCCGGAGUGCCUGGGUCCCAACCAUCCUGCCAAACCAACAAAGAAGAAAAGAGUCUGGAUUUGCAUCAAAUGUGUACGCUGUAAAAGCUGUGGAGCGACCAAACCUGGGAAGACCUGGGAUGCCCAGUGGUCCCAUGACUUCUCUAUGUGUCACGACUGUGCCAAACUCUUCGCUAAAGGGAACUUCUGCCCGCUCUGUGAUAAGUGCUACGAUGAUGAUGACUAUGACAGCAAGAUGAUGGAAUGUGUUCGUUGCAAACAUUGGGUUCAUGCCAAGUGUGAAAAUUUAACAGAUGAAAUGUAUGAGCUACUGUCAAAGCUGCCAGAGACUGUCGCUUAUACGUGCACCAAAUGUACUGAACGCCAUCCAGCCGAGUGGAGGAUGGCGUUGGAAAGGGAACUUCAGGGCUGUAUUUGCCACAUCCUCACUGCACUGUUAAACUCACGUACAUCUACACACCUGCUGCGCUACAGACAGGCGGUGAAGCCUCCAGAGUUGAAUCCAGAAACGGAGGAGAGUCUUCCGUCCCGUCGUUCCCCAGAGGGCCCAGACCCUCCAGUGCUGACAGAAGUCACCUCUUCAACUCCCAGUGACUCCCCUCCUGACCUGGAGUCUGUUAAGAAAAAGAUGGAUCAAGGCCUAUACAAUUCAUUGCUGGAGUUUAGUGAUGACAUCGUGCGAAUCAUUCAGACAGCCAUCAACAGUGACGGUGGCCAACCAGAGAGCAGGAAGGCAAACAGCAUGGUCAAAUCAUUCUUUAUACGUCAAAUGGACCGAAUCUUCCCAUGGUUCAAAGUGAAAGAGUCCAGAUUCUGGGAAAGGCAAAAAGUUUCUGCCAAUGGACUGCUUCCAAACGCCGUGCUGCCUCCAUCCCUAGAUCACAACUACGCCCAGUGGCAGGAGAGACAGGAGCUUUCCCGCGCUGAGCAUCCCAACUUUAUGAAAAAGAUCAUACCAGCUCCUCAACCCAAGACUCCCGGAGAACCAGAUUCUCCUGCCUCUCCACCUUCACUAGUACCCCCCUCUUUGCCCCCACCCCUCCCACUCCUACCAGAUUGUGACGACAGCCCAGAACUCCCUCCUCCACCAGGUGUAAGCGAUAACAGACAGUGUGUCCUCUGUUUAAAGUAUGGUGAUGAAAACACAAACGAGGGCGGUAGGCUGUUGUACAUCGGCCAGAACGAGUGGACACAUGUGAACUGUGCCCUGUGGUCCUCCGAGGUGUUUGAAGAUGAUGAUGGAGCGCUGAAAAAUGUUCAUACUGCUGUUCUCAGGGGAAAACUGCUGCACUGUGAGAAGUGUCAAAAGCCAGGAGCCACAGUUAGCUGCUGCCUCACUUCUUGCAGCUGUAAUUACCACUUCAUGUGCGCCCGCCAGUGUCACUGCAUCUUCCUGGAGGACAAAAAAGUCUAUUGUCCAAAGCACAAGGACCUCAUCAAAGGAGAAGUGGUGUCAGAGUUUGAGGUGACCCGUAGGAUCCUAGUGGACCUGGAGGGAAUAAGUUUCAGGAGAAAAUGGCUCACUGGACUUGAGCCUGAGAAUGUCCACAUGAUGAUAGGUUCCAUGACCAUUGAUUGUCUGGGAAUACUGACUGAACUGUCUGACUGCAAACGGAAACUCUUUCCUGUUGGAUACCAGUGUUCCAGGGUGUACUGGAGUACUUUAGAUGCACGAAAGCGUUGUGUAUACACCUGCAGGAUUCUAGUUUGUCACCCAUUUGUGACAGAGUCAGACUUAAAGGGUGCAAUUGCUUCAGAAGAGAAUCGAACAAUAGCACAUAGUCCACCUCCCCUAGCAGACUUUCCUGAUCCAUUUGAAUCUCCGAGACGUUCUGAAAGCCUCUCCCCCACCAACACUGCCAAGCUCAGGGUUUACACCAGGAACCGACAUCCAAGCUACCCCCCAUGUCAACGUUCAGUCGGUUCCAGUACUAUGGCUUCUGCAGGAGCUAUUUCUCAGCCUCCAAAACAUGAGACAGGGACAGGAGAUUUCCUGAAAAGCCCCAGCAUGAGGAAUGACUCACGCCGCCACAGCUCGCCCUCAUUCUCUCCUCCUCUCCCCCAAUCAAACAAGCAAAAAGGGAUGACUUCUCCAACUCGGAUUUUAUCACGACCACUUACUUCGCCCCCUCCCCUUAUUCCUUCCCCUGCUAGAGACCCUGAAAAGUCCAAACACCCUAGCAAAGAUUUAAUGAAAGGUUCACUUCAAAGAGAAGACGAUAGAUAUAGAAACAGGUCACAUCUUUUUAGAGACCACAGGGUAAGAGAUUCUGACAAGGGGAGAGGGACAAGUAGAGACCAUAUUUCCAAGGAGUCUGACAGGACGUCCCGAGAGCUUGGAGAAAAAGACACAGACAAGGGCCAACCAACCAAAGAGACUGAAAAGGGGAGGGUCCUAAGUAAAGAUUUGGGUUUAAAAGACUCUGAGAGAGGAAGGUCUCAUAGCACAGAUUCCUUCAGAGAUUCAGAAAAGGGGAGACAAGUAAACCGAGAUUCCGAGAAGGGGAAACAUGCAAGCAGAGAAACUGACAAAAGCAAAUCAUCCUCUAGAGAGAUCCCCUACAAGGAGGUGGAUAAAGUUAAAUCAUUCACUAUAGACACUUUGUUUAAGGACUCUGGGAAGCAAAGGCAAUAUAGCAGGGAAACAGGAAAAGACUCAGGCAAAGAUCGACCAUCGAGCAGGGAGUCUGACAGGGGUCGACCUCCCUUGAGGGAUACCAGUCACCGAAGCACCGAGAGAAACAAAGACUCUGGCUCAGGGAAAGACAGCAACCUUACCAGUCACCCCAAACAGACUGGAGGUGAGAGUAAGUCCCACAGACUGGCAUCUGCAGGUUCAGGCCAGUCUUCCCCUUUGCCAGGCACUGCUAUUCUCACAGGUCAGCAGAAAAGUCAGGUCAGCACCAAGCAGACAGAAAAGCAAGGAAAACACAGCAAAGACCAAGAUGUUUCCACAAACUUAGGUUUGUUGCCCCGUCACAGAUCAUCUCCUACCCCAAACUUUAUUCAGUCUAAGGACAAGCCUAGCUCAGGGAAGGAGAGUAGCAGUGGCUCUGGAAAUCCAUUACCAGCAUCACAUCCUAAAGAUUCUGUUUAUGGAAAACUCUCGUCCAUACAAACUUCACUUCAGAAAUCGAUUGCACGAAAAUCCAAUGAUUACGUGGCAGGUGCAGCUCCAGUGGCAACUGAUAAGCUUUUUUGGCCAUCAAGAAAAUCAGCAGAAGAUGACAUCAUUAAACGAGGCUCCAUGCACCUGGUAUCUUCAGCUGCAGUCUUGGCUGCCAAAGAGAAAUACCCCAAAGCUAAGUCAGCAGGCAGCAGUGAGGUGUCCAAAGAUCGUGAAAGAAACAAGACCCUCCAGAACAGCAGCAACAAGAACCCCCUUAACAACAGUAAUUUUACAGCCACCACCUGCUCCAAUACACAUGUGUCAAAUCCUAGUUCCCACAACUGCAGCAACAGAGAUGCAGCAGUGCAUGGAAACAGCACCAAAGUCCACGGAAAGACUCAGGGGGACAAGCACGAGAACCUGGGAAGCAAUAGGACAUCCUCAAAGAGAAGAGAAAACUACUCUUCUCCUCAGAAGAACAGUUCUACUUUAGAUCUGGAGCAGCUGCAACCGGCUACUUUAGUUGCUGAUAAAGGAUUGAAGACAUCUUCUCAGUCUCAAUCCAAACAGAUGACAAACCAAGUGUCUCUGUCCUUAAGGGAGAAAAGGCGACCAGUGAAACCCUCCACACUUACAUCUCUAAAGAGUGACAGCAAGGCUGAUCCAAAUGGGACCAGGACUUUUAGUGGUGUUUCUUCUUCCUUGUGUUCCACAAACAAUACCUCCACCGACUCACCUGCAGUCCAUCGCUCUUCAGGUGCUGCCAUCUUCUCCUCACCAUCUGCCAGCAGCAGUGACAGCUCUGAAUCUGACACUCAGACUCCUACUGAGGAUGACGACCUGCACAAGGAGCAUUUGUGUGGUGACAUCAUUGACCGCAACAGCCUCUUAACAAAAGACGGCGAGGAUGAGGGCGAUGGACCGGAUGAUGAUCACGACAGGGUCAUGGAUGAUAAACAUCAUGAAGAAGACAGCGAUGGUUCUGGGUCAGCCAAGAGGCGUUACCCUCGACGCAGUGCUCGCGCAAGGUCCAACAUGUUUUUUGGACUCACUCCAUUCUAUGGGGUUCGCUCAUAUGGGGAAGAAGACCUUGCCUUCUACACUAGUGAGGAUGGAACUGGAACGGUAGUGAAGAGGAGAAGUGGUGGCCGCAAGAAGUCAGCUGAGGGACAGGUGGAUGGAGCAGAUGACAUUAGCACGUCUUCAUCAUCAGUGGACAGUGGGGACGAUGAAGACAGUGUGAUGAAACAGAGAAGUAAAGACGCUUACUACUACAACUUCACCCGCACAGUAAUUAAUCCGGGUGAGGGCCUACCAUCUAUAGAGGGGAUAGACCAGUGUCUUGGAAGGGGGUCCCAGCUCCAGCGUUUUCUAAAAGAUGAAGAGCAGCAACACCAGCGGGUUCAGGAAAAAGCUGAGGAUGACAUGCUCAGUGCUUUGACAUUGGGAAAGCCUCAUAUUGGACAGCUGGAUGGCAUUGAUGAUGGCUCUGAAAGUGAUACCAGCAUUUGCACCACCAGCACCACCACUACCACAUCCACCUCUUCUUCCACCCCACAUAAGACCACCUCAAAGAGAAGGGGCAAGGAAAGGUACACUGAAAAACAUGACUCCCAUGACACCAAUAAGGAUUCUGACGGCAAUGCGGGGCCAGUGAGUGGCAACACCCGAGAAGGACGAAAAAACCAGAAAGAAAAUUGUCUUCCUUUAGGAGUUGGUGUCAAGUCCCAGCCUCAGAGUCAGGGUCAGGAUCCUCUUGAGGCCCAACUAUCCCUCAGCACAGACCUGCUGAAAUCAGACUCUGACAACAACAACAGUGAUGACUGUGGGAACAUUUUGCCCUCGGACAUUAUGGAGUUCGUGUUGAACACACCUUCCAUGUCUAUGCAGACUCUGGGUCAACAAUCUGAGCCGUCUUCCUCAGAACUGCUGCUCGAUGAGGGAUACGUUGGAGUGGAUGUCAAUCGGCGCAAAGAAAUUCUGUUUGAUGACUUUUCCCAGCCCCUACCCAGCACUGAGAGUGGAGGUGUAGUAGAUAACAGCGUGAACAGCUCCAUAUCUGUAGAGGAACCCUAUCUACCGCUCGAACUGCCCUCUGACCUUUCUGUCCUGACCACACGCAGCCCAAGUGUCAGCAGCAGUCAGAAUCACUCGACCGGGGGUCUCAUUUCUGAUACCUCAGACCGAGCCUUGCUCAACCUGGCUUCUGACACAGAGAGCCUCAGUGGAGAAAAGUCAGGGGACAAAAAAAGAGCAGGGCCAGGUGGGUCCCCAUCGGAGAAUCAGCACGAUGCUGCCACUUUAGGAAGCAGAGAAACACAAGUCACUGAAGGUCACAUGACUCCUGAGCAAUUUAUCCCUAGCCCUGCAAUUGGCCAAGUGGUUGAUCCUCCUGGAAGCCAGGAUGGUUCAAGGAGUUCCAGUACACCUGGUCUUCCAAGUUCUCCCUCCUUACCUCUUCAAGGUCAUAAGUAUCUCCCAACCUCAGGUGCAGCUGCGGGCAGUCCUAGUACAGUCCCUGGACCAGGACCAUCCCAAACCCAGGUUUCUGGUCCUGCAGUCAUUAAACCAGGCCCUGAUAAGCUUAUUGUAGUCCAUCAGCCAUUCCAUCCCCUCUAUGUUCUUCAGACUGUCCCAAAUGGUGUUACCCAAAAGAUUAAUACAACCGCAGUGAUGGAUACCAGCUCUCCUGCUGUGCUGAGCUCUAUGACUCUGACUACAGGGUUAAACACUGGUUUAUCUGCAGGCCAGCCCAUAUUUCCUGCUGGUGGCAAAGUCCUGGGCACAAUGGCACAUCCAUCUCACAUUCACACCUUUGCGGGAACCACUCAGACAGGUUUCCAGACAGGAAUUCCAAGCACCACCUCAGGGCUUCUAAUAGGGCUACCCUCUCAGGCCCACGAACAGUCUCAAAUUUUAGUCUCAGAGGCAAGUCGACCACAUGAGUUGGGUCCCAGUGUAGCCAUUGUGUCAAGUCCCUCCACUCUUACUACUUCACCGACCGUAUUACCCUCUGCUCAUGGCAGAAAAAGACCCAUCUUUCGUUUGCAUACCAAAAAAAACAAAAAGUUGGCCCGCUCCCGUAGUCAACCCACCCUGGCCCCAUCUGAGGUGGGACCACCAAACAUGACCCUCAUCAACCUGUCUUCCCCUCAGAUCACUGCUGGAAUCCCGGGACAGCCUAGUGGCCUAGUUGAGUUGAGCACCUUGCCUGCUGCUCAACGCAAGGUUCCAAAUAUUAUCAAAAGACCAAAACCAGGUGGGGUUAUGUAUCUGGACCCCAGCACUCUCCUACAACAACGGAUCACAGGUACGGCUCAGCCCGGAAUCUUGGGUCAUGAUUCCUCCACACACCUCCUUCCUUGCACAGUCUCCAGCCUCAACCCCAGUCAGUCAGUGUUGAAUGUCGUUUCUGUGCCCCAUAGCGGUGCCACAGGCCUUCUGGCUCCGGGUUCAGUCUCACUCUCCUCCCCUGUACUCAGUUCUACAGAGAUCACAGGGUCUAUUGGCAACCUCCUGUUCAAGGCAAGUCCACACAGUUUAGGCCUAUCGGAUCAGCCAAUGGUCCUCCAGUCAGGAGCUCCUCUAAUGUCACAACUUAGUUCACCAAUGCAGACAUCAAUAGGCAGUAGCAUCUGUGUCCUGCCCUCUCAACAGACCAUCAGCAUGGCUGUCAACAGGCAAGGAGAGGCAGAAGGUACUAACAUCCAGCGACAGCAUCAGUCUCUGUUAGGUAACAGAACUCAGACUCUGGACCCAAGUCAAAACAACACUGUAACUUUAACAUCGGGCACGGCCACUCCUCUAUGCCCUACCAAGGGACAUGUUGUUGGAGUACUUGCACCAGCACCAACUCCGGCACCUUCCCAGAGCAGCAGAACAACUCCUUUUUCCAAGUCAUCAGAACAGAAACCUCCUAAUUCCACUGCCGUGGUGACAGCAGCAAGGAAAGGCUGGGGAACAGAGAAGAGCAAACAGAAAGCCAAGAGGAGCAGACAAGGUCCCAGCGCAACAAGUGGGAAGAAGCUCAGGACGUCGGAGGCAGAAGAGUUUCACAGCCCUGCUGCAGGACGACCAGCAUCAAACCCAUGUUCAAAAGACCUUAUUGUGCAUGGUCGAAAGAAAACAUCCGAAGUUCCAGUCAUGGCAGGAAAUAUCGUGGAAAAAGACAAACCUACUGCUGCGGAAGGAUCGGGAACGUUGCCUGCGGCUUCAGCUCCUCACCAGGACGGCAACAGCAGAGAUAAUUUUUUGGAUAGCAAACCGAAGAAGGGUAUCAUCUUUGAGAUCUGCAGUGAGGAUGGCUUCCACAUCCGAUGUGAAAGUAUCGAAGAGGCCUGGAAAUCUCUGACUGAUAAAGUACAGGAAGCUCGUACCAAUGCCAGACUCAAAGACAUUUCAUUUGAGGCUGUGAAUGGGCUGAGGAUGCUGGGAAUUGUCCAUGAGGCUGUAGUCUUCCUACUGGAGCAGCUCUCUGGCUCGAGACACUGUCGAAGUUACCAUUUCCGCUUCCACAAACCUGAGGAAUCCGAUGAACCUCCCAUCAACCCGCAUGGUUCGGCUCGUGCAGAGAUCCACCACAGGAGGUCUGUGUUUGACAUGUUCAAUUUCUUGGCUUCGAAACACCGUCAGCCUCCUGAGUACAGGCCACAUGAGGAAGAUGAUGAAGAAGGGCAGCUACGGACUGCCAGGCGAGCUUCCAUGGAUCUGCCACUCACUGUGAGAUUCAAACAUCUUAAAGCCACCUCCAAAGAAACCGUUGGAGUCUACAGGUCUCAAAUUCAUGGCAGGGGUCUUUUCUGCAAGAAAACCAUAGAUUCUGGGGAAAUGGUCAUUGAGUACUCUGGAAAUGUCAUCCGUUCUGUGCUCACUGACAAACGGGAGAAAUACUAUGACGGGAAGGGCGUCGGCUGUUACAUGUUUCGCAUCGAUGAAUACGAGGUGGUUGAUGCUACGGUGCACGGCAACGCCGCGCGCUUCAUCAACCAUUCCUGUGAGCCCAACUGCUACUCUCGGGUCAUCACCGUGGACAGCCAGAAGCACAUUGUCAUCUUCGCCGCCCGUCGCAUCUACUGCGGAGAGGAGCUCACCUACGACUACAAAUUUCCUAUUGAAGAUGCCAGCAACAAGCUACCCUGCAACUGUGGCGCAAAGAAGUGCCGCAAAUUCCUGAACUGA